AUGAAUAAUUUUAUUGAAUGCAAGGAACAUUAUACGGAAUGGCUUAAACAGUUGCAGACGACAACGGCAGACGACAACAGAUCUGUGCGCUCUAGUGCCAGUUCUGUACGGUCGGCACGUUCAAUGUUACAAAGUGCUAGAGCUAAGAGGCUUGUUGCAGAACAUCGUUUAAAAACUUUAAGAGAAAAACAGAAUUUAGAACAUAAACAAAAGGAACUUGAGAACCAACGCGAACUGUUAGAACAGGAGAGCGAGUUGGAAGAGGCUAAAAUCGAGGAGUCAGUAUUUACGGACGUUCUGAUUGAAACUUCCGGAAAUGCGCUUGCUACUGAACAGACGCAUAUAAUGAGCGGAUGUGACGCGAAUAUUCCGACUUCCGGCGGCGCAACGGAAUCAAAUGAGAAUAUCUUGGAUGGCGAAAACUCUACUUCCGGUUCAGGUGUUGAUCCGAUUGUUAUGGCGACGGUUCAAGGAAAUUCUUCCAGAGUAAAUGGUAAGACGGGCAUUCCUAUACAAUCAGGUUCCAGUCACAGCAAUGGUUCAGAGUUUGAGAGACUGGCAUCCAUUUUACAAGAAGGGUUUAACUUACCUAAGCCUGAGUUACUAACAUUUAAUGGUUCGGUAAUAGAUUAUACAAAGUUUAUAAAGAAUUUCGAGACAUAUGUGGAGUCAAAAGUAAGUGACAAUAGACUUAAAUUGAGUUACUUGAUACAAUAUUGUUCUGGUGAGGCUAAAUCCUGUAUUGAGGAUUGUGUAUUGUUAAGUUCUGAUGAUGGAUACAAACGAGCUAAAGAAAUUUUACAAUCUCGUUAUGGUGACGCACUGUCUAUGUUAGCGUUAGAUAUGCAAAGAUGUCAAAUGACUCUAUCCCAAAUAGGUUUUGUCUCUGAUAUAGAUAACUCAGAAAAUUUGAGGCGACUUGUCCGUCGUCUGCCUAUGCAUUUGAGAACCAAAUGGGCUGAUAUCGCUCACUCCAUCUAUGAGUCUGGGAGAGAACCAAGUUUCUCUGAUUUGACAAGGUUCAUUGACGAGAGGUCACGUGUGGCUAGUUCAGUGUAUGGUAUUGAUAUUGUUAAAGAAAAUGUGCAGUAUAAAGGUACUAAGCAGCCACAUAUUCUGCCUGGAAAUGUUGUAAAAGAUAGAGUGACUACUUUGUCCACAUGUACUGAAAAUGAAAAGCCAAAGUUCGAAAGAAAAUGUUCUGGUUGUUUUGGUUCAUGUAUAGACAUAGCAUCAUGUCAUAAGUUUAUAAAUAUGUCUUUAUUGGAUAGAAAGAAACAUGUUCUGAGGUAUAAACUGUGUUUUAAUUGCCUUAAACGCAAUCAUAUGUCUAGCAAAUGUAGGAAACAGAAAUUAUGUACUGUAUCUGGUUGUACAAAGAAACAUCAUACAUUGUUACAAAUCUGGGUUCCAGUAAGUAAUGAAACGCCUGUUACGCAACAAUCAGUAAAUUGCGCAGCCACAAAUGGCUCCUUUCUUAAAACAUGUCUGGGGAUUAUACCAGUGUCUGUUAAGGGUGGGGAUGGUAACUUCUGUCAUACCUACGCCCUGCUCGAUGAUGGUGCUGACAAGACUCUGUGUGAUGAAAGACUAAUCCGGAAGUUGAAUGUACCUAGCAAACCCGUCACAUUCAAGAUAUCGACUGUCAACUCCGCUGAUAGUACUACACAGGGACAGGAAGUUGAUUUAACCGUGAGUCCUAUUCCCGGCGACGAUGAAGUUAAGCUCAACAAUGUUUGGACGAUGAAGCAGUUGCCUAUAUCAAAGCGUUCUGCUGCCACCGCUAGCGAUAUUCGACAUAUACCCUACUUGUCGGACAUAAAGAUUCCAGUGGUUAACAUCAAUGAAGUCAUGUUACUAAUUGGUACGGAUACACCGGAAGCCCAUAUUCCAUUGGAGGUGCGCACCUGA